UUGAGAAUCAAUUAUCUAAAAUCACUGAAUUAUAUUGUUUAAAUCUUUGAAUUCUGCUUAUUUCUUUCUUGUCACAUCAGCCGUCAUGUAUAAUUCUGUUGAAAAUGCUAAUUGCUGCUUGGAUGUAUUUAGACUUUUACUUUAUAACUUUUUGCACCAUGUUGACUAAAGGGAUUGGGAAGAAAAUGUACUUUGUAUUUAAAGACGUUGACCAGCUGAUGUGACUCUUAGGGAAAAUUAAGUAUUUCAAGUGCUUUGUGAGGCCCGGCUUUCUAAGAGCUUGUGGGAGACACAGUUACAUGCAUACACACAGUCUCACAGUCUCACAGAAUUUUUAGAUUUGUGGCUGAGCUCUGUUCAGCCAUUGGUCAGCCCCCCCCCCCCUUUUAGUGUGCUUCCUCACGCCUGUUUAGUUAUGGCAGAAACCCCCCUUGUAAGAGAAGGAGAAUUUGUCCAAGUCAUACACAAUAGCUCUGACACACCAUUACACACGUAUACGGCAGGCCCACAUCAUUUUGUCGUCUUCUGGCUCCACAGCCUCUCUGUUCUCCUUCCUCUUGUUUCCUUCCUCAGCCCAUUCUAGCUCUCUCCUCUCCUCUCUGUGGUUGUGAUUUUGUUUCUGGGUUAGCAAUGUGUUGCUCGGUGGGUUUUGCCCGGUCCUUGGGCCUGGCUCUGCUGCCGCUGGCCCUCUGCUGUAUUGUGGCCAACCUGCUGCUGCUCUUUCCAAUGGGAGAACAAAGCUACAUCCAGGAUAACCGGCUGUCUGUUUACAUCUGGUAUUUUGGUGGACUAGGAGGUGGUGGGCUGUUGAUGCUGAUACCAGCCGUGGUUUUUAUUACUCUGGGGAAAUGCAAAUGUUGCUGGAAUGAGAGUUUAAUGAUGUGUGGAUCUGUGCUGGCAGCUGUCAUCGGCCUGGUGGGGUCAGGGUACUGUUUCAUCAUAUCGGGGUUCGCCUUAAUGCAGGGUCCCUUUUGCUUCACUUCGUUAGGGUGGACAAAUCCCUUUGCAGAGCAGGGCGGCAGAUAUCUUUUGCAGCCAGAGACUUGGUCACGGUGCAUUCAGCCAAUUCACAUCGUAGAGUGGAACAUCGCUCUGCUGUGUGUGUUACUGGGCAUUGCUGUGCUGGAGUUCAUCAUCUGCCUCCUACAGCUGGGAAACGGUUUAGUCAACGCCAUCUGCCGGCCAUGCUGCUACAAGCAGCAGUACAGUCUAAAUGCUUAG